GAAGACCUCAGGUAAAAUAAGACCAAUAUCGUCAAAUGUAAAUUAGCAAACGUAGCUACAAAGAUCACAGCUUUAAUUUGUAAAUGAGAAGAGGACAUGGCUUACAUACACGUAACGAUCAAAUCUCAAAGGAACAAGGUGAUUACUUCAGCACAGCAGAAUUGCAGCAUAAAAGUCUAUUGCCAGCCAUCCUUAGGAAACUGAAGAAAUAUCGAUGUCAUCGUAAAUACUUGUACCCAAUAGGUCUCGUGUUUCUUCUUCUUAUUUUGCUCUACGGAAUAAACUCAAACAACAACUUGUAUCUGGUAGAAAGGAAUCUCCAUCAAUCUGGUUUUAAAAAUGGCAUUGAUAACAUUACAAACCUCCAUCCUACCAUCCUGUGGUGGACAGCAUACGGCGGGAAAACAGAUGAGAAUAUUACGUGUGGAGAGAUAAAAUGUCGAGUCAGCGUGGACAGGACUCUAAAAUCUCAUAGGGAUGUUAAGGCCAUCGUAUUUUACGGAACCUCACUAGAGUUAGCGGAUAUGCCACUACCCCGUAAUCCAGACAUCAUCUGGGCUCUGAAACACGAGGAAUCUCCUAAAAACAACGACUUCAUGUUCUCCCACGAGGAAAUAAUGACUCUGUUUAACUACACAUCAACCUUCAAAAGGCAGUCCGAUUACCCUCUCCCCACUCAGUCGCUUCCUAAUCUGGAUUACCUACUGGAUACAACCUUUGUUGUGGACACUAGAACUAAGUCUGAGCUGAGGAGGACAGAGGAUUUGGCCCCCAUGCUGUACGUUCAGAGUGACUGUGGGGCCCCCUCAGACAGAGACGAGUAUGUUAAACUCCUCCAGAAGUACAUCCCCGUGGAUUCCUACGGAAAGUGUCUACACAAUAAAGACCUUCCAGAACACAUUAGAUUUGAUUUUGGUAAAAGCAUGACUGGUAUGCACCACGAUGACUUCUUCAAGCUAGCAGCAAAAUACAAAUUUACUUUAGCCAUGGAAAAUGCUGUUUGUGACGACUACAUGACAGAAAAAUUAUGGCGCCCGCUAAGACUGGGAUCUUUGCCGAUUAUAUUCGGUUCACCUAAGGUUAAGGAUUAUCUUCCUUCCAAUAAAUCUGCAAUUUUAGUAACAGACUUUAAAAGUGCUGAACACCUAGCCAAAUUCUUAAAGGAGCUUGACGAAAAUGAUGAAAAAUAUAACGAAUACUUGAAAUUCAAGUAUUCCAAUUCCAUUGACAACCAAAACUUAAAAUCUCACAUGCAGUAUAGAGAAUGGGGAGAUUUUAGUGCAAUUCAAAAGACGCCUAAAAAGUUUUACUCGCACAUGAGUGGAUUUGACUGUUUUAUAUGUCGAAAAAUUCAUGAAAUACAAGAGGCUCGCGCCCGAAAUGAAUCUCCUAUUUUGCAUAUAGCUAAUAUAGACCAUUAUGGAUGCCCUGCGCCAAGGCGCUUUGAUGCAGAGGGCAAAUACGGAGUGUACGAUGAAUGGUUCGCAGAGCCAUGGUUUUAUUCAAAGUAUCUUGCAAAGGCGUUCAGGAAGUACUAUGACCGUAACGAAUCCAACUUCACACACAACGACUUAUUGGCUUUGUCAAAAAGUCUAAGGAAAGAAGACAAAGAAUGAUAUAAAUACAAAAAUAUGAUAUAAAAAUGUGAAACUUUAUUAUAAAAAGAUUAAAAACACAUACAUGAUUAAAACA